CGAUCUCCAGCGUCUGCAGACCAGCACACCACAAACGAAAGAGCGACGCCAUGUCCACAGAUCCAUACCAUGCAGUGCAACAAGAGAUAGAGACGUCGCUCCAAACGGCGGGCCAACUGCGCUCGUCCUACCUCCGCAUACGCAACAUGGCCCGCGAGGGCAGCGAGGAGCUCGUCUGGGCGCGUAGCGAGCUCAAAGCAACCCUCGCGGCACUGGAAGCCGACCUCGAGGACCUCGAGGAGAGCGUAAAGAUAGUGGAGGAAACGGGGCCGCGCAUGUUCGGUAUCGACGAGAAGGAGGUUACUCUCAGGCGCAAGUAUGUCAGCAAAGUCCGGGUGCAGAUCGAGGUCAGCAUCCACGCUUCCCCCCGCUCAGUGGCAUACCAGGUUGACACUGGGCUGGGCAUGUCUUGCAUGCAAGGAUAGGACAUGAGAGCGGAGGUUGAAGGCACUGUGCCUCCAUCGCGCACCAAGUCGCCCUUCUCGCCAGACGCGUCGCCGUUCUUCCCGAGCGGCUCGCGCUCGCCGCUUCCCCAAGGCGCACA